AUGUUGAGUCGCUGGGUGCAGACAACGUGGCGCGCCGAGGCGAGCGGAGUCGGGGCUGGGGGCUUCCGCGGGCGCGUCCUGCCCUGUUUGAAGAGGCCGUGGGUUCAUGCCGUGCUGCUCUACCUCCUCACCUUCGGCGUCGUGCUGCCCCUGCUGUGCCAGGGACUGCGGCAGUCCCGGUAUUUCGCCCGCACCGCCCACCUCCGGCGCCUGACGGAGGAGGCGCUGGAGCGCAGCCGGGCGAGGGGCGAGGAGGCGGAGCGCUACGUUCGGGAGGCGGAGCCGGGCCACCCGGCCCGCGGGGCCCCCGUCGCGGUCGUUGCGGUGCUGACGGUGUCCCGGAAACAGGCCGCCGCCUACCGCUACUACCUGCAGGUGGUGUCGGCCCUGCACCGGCUGCUGGCUUCGUGCCGCGGUUGCCGGGGCUACCGGCUCUUCGCCUGCAACGUGGACCCUGAGCCUGAUGGCCACUGGGAGGCGUCGGAGGCCUCCCGCCUCAUCCCCACCGGACAGCGGUUCGGCCGAGCCCGCGGCAGGCCAUCAGGGGGCGACGACAACCGCUUCGAGAAGGAGAAGCAGGACUAUGCCUACUGCCUGCAGGAGGCGCUCUCUGCCUACGGCCCCCGGCACGUGGUUCUGCUGGAGGACGACGCUGUGCCAACGGAGGACUUCUUCCUGGUCCUGCGGGACCUCCUGGAGAGGAGGCUGACCACCCCUGCCGCCCGGGGAGCCCUCUACGUCAAGCUCUACCACCCCGAGAGGCUGCAGGGGUACCUCAACCCCGAGCCCAUGCGCGUCCUGGAGUGGCUGGGCCUGGGCGCCCUGGGCGGCACCUCGCUCAGCAUCGUCUACCGGAAGCUCUGCCGAAGGGCCUCGGUGAUGCUGAGUUGGGCCGUUCUGGCCCUCUACACCAUGCUGGUGGUCGAGCUGGCCGGGCGCCACUACCUGCUGGAGUGGCGCCGCCUCAGCCCUCAGCUCUACUCCCUGAUGCCCGCCACCGAGUGCUGCACUCCCGCCAUGCUCUUCUCGGCGCCGGCUGCCCGCCGGGUGCUGGCGUACCUCGGCAGCGUUCGGUGCAGGGCAGGCUACGCCAAGGACACGGCGCUCUACGCCCUGCUGCGGGAACACGGCGAGACUGCCUACGCCCUGGAGCCCAACCUGGUCACCCACAUCGGACUCUACUCCACCCUCCGAGGCCCCGUCGCUCAACCCAGCCUCUGA